AUGUGGCUGGCCACAAGGCCGGUCCAGAUCAUGCUGUGUCGCAAGGAUACAGUGCACCUAUUCCCACCCUCGCGGCUAUUCCGCCGCAGAGCCAGAGUCGAGCGCGCAGGUAGCAGCAGAAAGGUGGCGCUCUUGGCCAUCCGGUCGCCCCGGGAGGAACCAGCCCCGAGGCAGCUGAUGCCUUGUCCAACCUCAAUUGCCGUGUUGAACAACACCCUCUUCAUGAUGGGCGGCCAAACAAGCAACGAGGAAGGGGACUGGGUGCCAGAUACACGUGUUUGGGCUAUCUCACUUGAUAAAUCCUGGACGACCGGCGAUGCGUUCAUGCGGUCAACAGGAAAGCAAGGGGCUGCCGUCGAAUACAUGUCAUUGUGGCCGAGCCCUCGUGGAGACAGUAUUUACACCUGGGGCGGGAGAGAUCUUUUAGCCUCGGAGCGCAGGGCAAAAGACCCUGGGCUGAGAAUCUUCAAACCACGCACAGUUGAUGACAGCAAUGGGGAAGGGAGUUGGCCAGAGAAAGGCCAAGCACCCAAAGAUCUGACCAAGUCUCCUCCUCAACGAAUCUAUCGCGGCAGACUGGGAAGUUGGACAAGCUGCAACGGGCUCGGGUUCUACAUGGGCGGGCAGCUCGACGACUCUACAGAUUCCACUUGGCCUUACAAACAGCUGGACAACACCACCAUAGCUCCUCUUACUGGCCUCGCGAUAUACGAUAUGGAGAAGCAAACAUGGACCAACCGAUCCGCAGAGGGGUUCGGUGCCAAAGGCCGUGGAGGUGUUCACAUGGCGGGAACGGCAGUAUGCCUCCCCAAGCUCGGGACAGAUGGAAAGGGCGUCCUGCUGUUCCUGGCAGGAAAUCAACGCGUCCAGAACAAAGCCCUCGAACUGGAGGACGUCUUUCUUUACGAUAUCGGGUCCGGGAAAUUUCACCGGCAACGCGCCACCAAGGACAAGGACAUUGAAGGCUCCAAGCGCCUGAGGCCGCGCAACCAUGCUUGCGCGGUUGCCGCCAAAAGCGACAAGAGCAAGAACUACGAGGUCAUUCUUUUCGGCGGAAACGAUGAGAACGCGGCGGAAACCUACGUCUUGAUGGUUCCUGGCUUCCACUGGAUUCGCGCAGUCCGCGACAGCCCAGAGUCCAUGCGGGGGUCCCGAAUGGGCCACGAAUGCGCCGUGGCCGGCUCAGGGAAGCGUCAAAUGAUUGCGGUGGGUGGCACGAAGGACGAGCCGCCUGAGAAAUUCAUGCCAACUCAAGAUCCUUGGGGCCCGAACGGGGUGCAGAUUUUGGACAUGACCGAGUUGACGUGGAGUGGCAGUUACAAACACGAUGCCCCAGCCUAUGAGCCUGCCAACGAGGUGAAAGCUUGGUACUCCAACUCUUCAAAUCUCAAAUCCGUAAGCUGGAAUACCCAGGACAUCAGGGCCUUGUUUGCGGACGCCAUCGACAAUCCCAACCCCCCGAACGGCGAGCCUGGCCCGGUUCCAGGUCCUCCAAUCUCGAUAAUAGUGGGAGCCGCAGUCGGAGGCGCCGCGGGUCUCGCACUGGUUGUCUGUGUCGUGUACUUCUGCUACUCCAGACCACGGCGGCGGGCAGCGCACAAGAACCCAGCGGAGCUGCCGUUCGAGCCGCAUCAACAGCCCACGGUCGUGGCCGAGGUCGGCCCCAACGGCCACAACAAGGCCCGCGGGGGGAUGGAAGGCUAUCGCAGCGUGGGCGGUUAUGACAGGUUGUCGCCCGACAGGUCCGGGGUGUCGUCGCCCCUGGGGUCUUUUGCCCAGGACGGGCAGCAGGUCCAAAGACCCGCGCCGGAGUUGCAUCAGCACGGCUUCCGGCCGCCCCAGGAGUUGGCGGGUGACAGUUUCGAUAUAUCGGCUGCGGGUAACACACGCUGA